UCUCUCUCCCGCUCUCGCGCAAAAUGGAAAAAGCAAAGACCCCUUCAUCAUGACCGUUCCCUCCAUUUCCAUGCUUCAUUUUCAACCGUCAGAUUAUUCCUUCUCUACCCUCGCUUUCCCCUGCAGUGGGGCUGCUGCUUCGUUUUUCUGGUACCCGUUAUAAAGAGGAGAAGUGAGUGAGUAAUGCCACUUUCCAACAAGAACCUCGAAGCUUGCCGGCCAUCGAGCCUCUGGAUUCUCUCCGGCUAACUUCCGGCGACACUCAAUAGUUUCCAGAAUCUCUUCUUGGGUUAGUUCCUGAGAAAUAAAUUUCCAAGGAAAAUGACUUAAUAUUGACAAUUAUAUCAGAAUAAUUGGUGAUCAUGUGGGUUGCUUUUGGAGACAUGUUCAUCUUCUACUGUUUGUUUGAAAUAAAGAAAGAAUUUUCAUGCAUUUUCUUGUCAUCUCACAACAUAAAUUAGUGCUCUUUUCUCUUUUGAGGUUGGGAAAGGUGGCAACACUAGAAGAACUGAUAUUGGAUUCUGGGAAUCUCUGAAACAAAACAUUUGAGUCCUUGUCUCUCCUUUUUAUCAUCAAAAUAUAAGCAGUUUGGAGAGGUUGCUUGCUGGCCCACCAUUGAAAGCUAUGGAGCUGGGUUCCAUUUGGGUGGUCCUGAUAUGCAUAGUUGGUGCUUUGAUGGUUCUGAAAAUGAUUCUACUUAGAGUUAAUGGGUGGCUCUAUGAAAGAAAACUUGGUGAGCUGCAGUAUUUUCUGCCUCCAGGUGAUCUGGGUUGGCCUUUCAUUGGUAAUAUGUGGUCAUUUCUCAGAGCUUUCAAGUCCAGUGACCCCGAUUCUUUUAUGGGAUCCUUUAUCACCAGAUAUGGCCGUACAGGAAUCUAUAAGGCCUUCAUGUUCGGGAGGCCCAGUGUGUUUGUGACAACGCCGGAAACCUGCAAAAGAGUAUUACUUGAUGAUGAUGCAUUUAAGCCUGGUUGGCCUAGAUCCGCCAUGGAGCUCAUUGGAAAGAAAUCCUUCAUAGGUAUUUCUUUUGAAGAGCACAAACGUCUUCGGCGGCUGACUGCAUCUCCUGUCAAUGGUCAUGAAGCUCUGUCAGUCUACCUGCAGUACAUUGAAGAAAAUGUGGUAUCUGCUUUGAAAAAAUGGGCAACCAUGGGACAAAUUGAGUUUUUGACUGAAAUAAGGAAGGUUACUUUCAGGAUCAUAAUGUAUAUCUUCCUUGGUUCUGAGAGUGAGCCGGUCAUGGAGGCUUUGGAAAGGGAAUACACGGCACUUAACUAUGGAGUCAGAGCCAUGGCAAUCAAUCUUCCGGGAUUUGCUUACCACAAAGCGCUCAAGGCUCGCAAAAACCUUGUGGCUGCAUUACAAUCUGUCGUAGAUCAACGCAGAAAGCAAAGGAAGGGCAUUACUUUAUCUAAGAAGAAAGACAUGAUGGAUGCUCUGAUGGAUGUUGAAGAUGAGAAUGGUAGAAAAUUGAGCGAUGAAGAAAUAAUUGAUAUUCUGUUGAUGUACUUGAAUGCAGGCCAUGAAUCUUCUGGCCAUAUCAUAAUGUGGGCUACUAUUUUCCUUCAGGAGCACCCUGAAUUUCUUCAAAAAGCUAAGGAAGAGCAGGAGGAAAUCAUAAAAAGAAGGCCACCAACACAAAAGGGAUUGACGCUUAAAGAAGUUCGAGAAAUGGAAUAUCUUUCUAAGGUGAUCGAUGAAACGCUUCGUAUGAUAACAUUCUCACUUGUGGUUUUCCGAGAGGCAAAGUCUAAUGUUAACAUAAAUGGAUAUAUCAUCCCCAAAGGUUGGAAAGUUCUUGUCUGGUUCAGAAGUGUUCACUUGGAUUCGGAAGUCUACCCGAAGCCGAGGGAAUUCAAUCCUUCUCGAUGGGAUAAUCAUACAGCCAAAGCAGGAACUUUCCUUCCGUUCGGAGCUGGAAGCAGGAUGUGCCCUGGAAACGACCUAGCGAAGCUUGAAAUCGCCAUCUUCCUCCACCAUUUUCUCCUUAAAUAUGAGCUUGAACGUGUGAAUCCAGGAUGUUCAUUGAUGUACUUGCCUCAUUCAAGACCAAAAGACAACUGCUUGGCAAGAAUUAGGAAAAUUCCUUGUCAAGAAACAGAAGUGAAUGAAUGAAAACUAGACAUUAAAUGCAUGCAUACAGGACAAACCAACAUGCAUACAUAAGGACGGUUGGUUGGUUACUUGUAUCGUUGUAUCCACACCAAUAAGUUUUUAAUAUCAAUGCCCCUCUAAUCUAUUUCCAG